UGGUUAAAAAUUAUUUCUGAAUCACAAUCACCAUCAAUAAAAUUGCCUAAAUCUGUUGAAGAACAAUUUGACUGCUAUUUGAAAGAAACGAAUAUCGAAAAAAUUCGUGAAUCAUUUGAGUCAUAUAAAAAAGUAACUUUGGAAGAAGAUAGAUACACUCGUAAAGUUGUGGAUCAUUUGGGUGAAAUUUCAAGCGUGCCCUCAGCAAACCGCCGAAAUUUACAUCUCAAAGAAGGCAAAAGACGUAGAAUUGGUUCAAAAGCUGAUGGUAUAGGAUCUCUCGUCAAUCUAGAUGAUAAAGAACUUUUUAUUUUUGAGCUACCCAGAGCACCAUCCUGUCUUCCAAAGAGACAUGCAGAGGGAGAUAAAGUAAAACUUGAAUGGUGCAUGAUUGACGUGCUCAAUGACCAUCUGGAAGAUUAUAAAAUGUGUGAUAUUGAGGUUGCUAAGAAAUUCCGAGUAUUUGGUUUUCAAACUGAUGAAA